AUGGAAAUCCGAAAACAGCAAGCUUCUCUAGAAAGGCAACUAUCGGCCCUCAUGAAAAAAGAGGGAAAAGCUGAAUGGUUCAAAAAGAAAUCCACAAAGGAGAUCACGAAAAGCAAAGAUCCAGCUCCAGACACCCAGCGAAAAAUCCCAUUUUUAUUGAAGUCCAACUUGUCAGCUUCAAGUAGCACUGACGACAGUCACAACACACUUACAGUCUGCUCUGAUUCAAGCAUUGAAAAUGGUAGAGAUUCUCCACCGCCUUGUGAUGAAAGUCCUGUCACCAGUAGUGAAGGAAAGCAGGAUUUUCCGCAAGUCUCUCCGAAGAUAACAAAUCAAGAGGAGGGGAAAGAGAUCUUAUAG